GACCGUGUGUGAAACUGUAUAUUUACUCAAACCUUGGCGAGUUACCUAACUAUACAGGUGCUUGUUGGCGAAUUUGCACAGCUGACGCGACUACUUCUGAAAGCAGGUUUUAAUAUUAUACAGGGGGGAAAAUGGACAGAACUGUUAGCCUUCCGAAUCAGCCUGACAAAAUGACCACAGUGACCCUGGUUGAGAGCAGCAACGCUCCCGGUGGACUGGAACUAGUCAGCUCAUACCAGACCAACAGAGUAGGAGACCCCAUGGACCUGGUAUCCCUGGCAGCACAAGUGCAGAGGGGAGAUGAAUUUGUCAAAGCCAAUGCCUGCAACAAACUGACAGUCAUUGCUGACCAGAUCAGAUACCUACAGCAACAGGCCAGAAAGGUUUUAGAAGAUGCUAAAAAUGAUGCUGAGCUCCACCACGCAGCCUGCAACAUUGUGAAAAAACCAGGGAACAUGUACUACCUCUAUCAAAGACCUUCUGGACAGAAAUACUUCUCCAUCAUCUCUCCUAAGGAAUGGGGCCCAGGAUGCCCUCAUCCAUUCAUCGGUGGAUACAAACUUCAGAAUGACAUGUCCUGGACUCCCCUGGAUGAGGUGGAAAAGAGAGAUGGAGAGAUUGCCAUUAUGGAUAAACUUCUUAGCCAGCAAACUGCCUUGCCACCUUGCACAGAACCCAACUUUGAGAGCAUCACUAAGUUAACGGGCUAGUGGAGCUGGACUAGAACCCCCCCUUUUUUUUUAAGACUCAAAUAAUACAUCUUAAUGUACACUAAGGGCCAGAUGUUAAUAUGAACUGUGCAAAGUGUCCUUAUCGUGGAGAUACUGUUAAAGGAACUUUUAAUGACUUCGUCAUGUGCAUGCUGCUCUAACUCUGAACAGUGCACACUGCAAAUUUUUGUCCAUGUUCACUAAAUACUUGAAACACUUCCGUUUUUUUCCAGUAAAUGUAAAUUAAAAAUAUUCUCAGUUGUGGAGUUUUCAUAAAAACUCAAGACCAGAUCUACAAGAGAUGAAAAGCAUUUUCUUAUAUGCCAUCACAUCAAGGAUUUAAUACCAGUGUUACCUUCGUUUGCCAUCAGUUUAGAGUCAUUGCAACAGCUUAUGAAUUAUUUCGGUUUAAUAAUGUAGGUAUUAAUAAUGUACAACUCAUUGUCAUACAGACUGGUAAUGCUGCAGCUGUGAAAUUAUCAAUAAAGGUUCUGUGCAACUAAUAAAGCAACUUGUCAUUUUUAGACAAACCAAGAAAGUACAUUUUGUGGUUUAUUUGGGAAAU